GUAAUGUUUUCACUAUUGAGUAUCUUAUCCAGCUGGAUCCGACCCGUACCAGAAUUUUUACAAACGUUUUUCCCUCUUGAAACGGUUUAUUUGGGGGCAUUUUUAAAAAUGGAUUGCGUUGUUUACCUUCUCAACAAACAAGCCUCGCACCCAUAAACAGUUUUUAAAUUACUCACCGGCGGCAGGUGCGGAUUGGGCCAAGUGGCCGAAACCGCAUCCAACAGAAGAGACCGUCUCCCAGUUAACUGACUGUUUCUCUCUCCGUCACCCCAUGGACACCAGGUGUUUGAUGUUUGUCCUAUGAGGCUUUUCUGGGUUUGUUUCUUCAUCCGCGACCGCGUUGAACUUCGAAUUCAUGCCACGUACAAGUUAUCACCAUGAUGCCUGUGUCUGAAUCUCUCUUUCUCUCCUCUUAAUUGGAUUUGCGUUUAUAUACUCCUAUUUUGCUCUGCUUAGGACAUAGUUUGGAGCAAGCUUUGAAUUCUGGAAUGCCGGUGGAUGCUGAGUGACAUGUUUUAUGGGUUCUUGCUCAAAAAUUUUCUUGAACCGCGUACUUUUAGUUUUGAAUGAUGCCUAUCUUCGCUGGUCUUUAUAAAACUGGAGCUAUCAAUCUUUUCUUGAAGCAUUAUAGAAGAAAAGAGCACUGCAAUUCAUUUUGCAAGAAGUGCCAAUGUAUAUCAGCCAAUCCAUUCAAACAAGGAACUUUUAACAGCCUAACUCGCUACUUCGCUAGCAAAUCACAAAUUAACAAGGUCUCCCUUUACCUUCAACGGGCCAAACUCAUUGAUUCAAUUCGGCUUGCUCUUCGGUCCAAUGCUCCAAGGUCCCUUAUCUCCCUUUUGAAUGAUCCCAAUCUAGAUUCCUUUGUGGUCACCAAUGCAAUCCGAUCUGCUCCCUCUCUGGACUCUGCUCUCUCGCUUGCUGAAACCCUGAAAACCAUACCACAUUUCACACACACUCAACAUACACUGCAUGCAGUGGCCAAAAUCUUAGCCAAGUCCCAACAAACCGCAAAACUCAAAACCCUUGUUGAUGCUAUCAAUUCUGGGAAAUUUUCAAAUGUUGCACGGGUCAGCUUCAUGGACCGCUUGCGGUGGUAUGCUGCUGCAAGAGACCUUGAUUUGCUUCUUAGUGUUUGGGAUGAAUGGAGAGCCCUGCAGAAACGACCUUGUGUUGAGGCUUACAACAUCGUGAUGGGUGCUUAUGCACGUAUGGCUAAGAACUCAGAGGCAGUGAAGAUAUUCUUUAUGAUGAUUGAUGAAGGACUGGUUCCUAAUUCUAGAACUUACACUGUUAUCAUUGAGCAUCUUGUGAACUCUGGAAAAUUGGAUUCAGCAGUGCAGAUUUUUAGUGUAUUGCCAUUGAUGAGGAUCAAGCGUACUCUUAGGCAGUAUUCACUUUUGGUAGGGGCAUUCACUGUUAUCAAACAGUUUGAUGUGGUUAAGAAUUUACUACAGGAAAUGCAGACAGAUGGAAUGUUGCCUGGUCAAUCUAUGCUAUUGUCAUUGCAGUGCAUGCGGAUGGCUGGAUUUAUCAAGGAGUCAGUUGAGUUUAAUAAAGAAAUGUUACCAGAUGAGAGGAUCCAUAAUAUAGAAGCUUUUGUAGAUGACGAUGAUGACUUUCCCAAUGAUGAUAUUGAUGUGAGCACAAUUCACUUGAAACCAUGGUUGGACCCAGUGGCUUUGGCAAGUGCCUUGAAUAAUUGGGGACCUGAAGAGGUAUCAGCGCUGGAAGAUGCAAAUUUUGUAUGGACAACUCGGUUGGUUUGCAAGAUGAUCAGAAGUUUCAAUUCAGCUGAAGCAGCAUGGCAGUUUUUCUGUUGGGUUGAUUAUCAGCCAGGUUUUACUCAUAAUGUUUAUACGUUCUCAAAGAUGGUUUCCAAGUUAGCACAGCAUGGUCGUCUGGAUUUAGCUGGUCAACUCCUGUCUAAGACAAAAAAGGAGCAGAUUAAAUUGCCAGUCAGCACAGUGAGAUUGAUUAUCGACUUCUAUGGCAUUUUUCAUAAUGGUCAGGCUGCUAUAAAGGUCUUCCGUGAUGCCAAAUCACUCUGUGGUCCACUACCAGAAUCUAGUCUGUUGAUUUUAUAUUCUUCACUUUUACACACGCUGGCGAAGUGUAAGAUGAACUCCGAUGUCUUGGAUAUCCUUGAUGAGAUGAUUUUGGAUGGUAUUUUACCAGAUAUCCAAACUUUUUCUGGAUUGAUCCAUCAUUUUGCACUUCAGAGAGAUAUUAAAGUGGUGCAGAGACUCUUUGGGAUGGUAAGGCAGGGUGGUAUAGAGCCUGAUGCUUAUUUGUUCAAGGUACUUAUUCGUGCUUUCUGCAAGUGUGACAGAGCUGUUCUAGCAUUAAGAAUUUUUGAAGAUAUGAGGAACUCCAAUUUGACACCUGAUGUUGCCACAAGAGAAUUGCUUGUCAAGAGUCUCUGGAAAGAAGGUAAGCUUAGGGAGGCAGCUUCCGUGGAAGAGAGGAGUAAAGAAAUAAUUGGCGCCCCUCCACUUGCAUUGCGUGGCCAUUUGUAUUCUGUGAGCUCUACGGAUCUCACUAGAGUUUGUAAACUUUAUUCUGACAGCUUUACAACAAGCCAUUGUUAAGAGUUAUGAUAAAGGUUUCUAUAUCAAAGUAAUUAUCUGACGGAAUGCUUGUACUCAGCUUCAGAGCAAUGCCGUGAUGUCAUUUGAAUUGGUUGCAGAUGGAUCGACAAUAUAUGAUGUCUAAAUGUUAGUUAGUUCAUUUCUCCUUUUUGAGUUUGCGCUGGGUGGUUAAACCCCCUUCUAACUCUACUCCAAUGCCAACCUCCUGGAACGUGCCACCAGAGGAAGGUCUCUCACACUACUGGCCUCACAAAGUAGAAGAGGUUAACAGGUUCUAGUUACGUUUCCUGUAGUUUUUUUUUUUUCUCCCUGUGUUUUAUUUCUAUUCAUGUUUUAAUCCGCAUCCGAGAACCUAUAUUGCAUCUUUGCUCUGGAUGAUGGCCAUUCCUGCCAAGAUACCAUCAAAUGUGGGUUUGGUAAUGGAUUUUAUCCCCCCAAGGCUACAGUGAAAAUUUUAUGUUACGAAAGGUUGUGGAAACCAAACAAGACACGUUAGGAAACUAACCAAAUUUCACCUUCUCAAAACCCCCUUGAGAUUGAACCUAGAAAGACCCCUUAAUUUAGUGGCGUUUACCUUAGAGUGACUUUUCAGGCUUUUUUUUUUUUAACCGUCCACCUCAUCUUCCUGUAGAUCUGUACCCACACAUUACACAUACUGCUAGCCAUAAGGUGAAAGUUCCCUCGUCUGUUGGCUUGUGGGCUUUGUGUAAUAGAACUGGAAAUGGUAGGUAGCUUGUUGCCUCCCCAAAUUGAGUUCUUGUAUUAAAUAAACAUCAUCCUUACACACUAUUCUAGCAAUAAAAUAGCUAGAGUGGGAGUGUCGAGACUCUUCAUUGAAUAUAUUAGUUAGGCGUCAUUGUAGUGUCUAUAUUCCUACAAGUAGCUGGAAGAAGAAGAAAAAAAGAAAGAAAAAAGAAACAAACAAAUCAAAGCUAGGGACAA